AUGCAGCAAGCAAGUGGUAGAAGCCUCACACAGUCCGAGUACGCACGCAGCCGGCCUCACGCCUUGCUAGCACCAGUGAUCAGCGCGCGGAGUCUGGACGUUACAACGUUCCGCAAGCACAGCGCCAACACCCCAGGACUUCGAUCGACUCCGGUAGCCGUUCAUCUGAGCCUCGGCAACGUCUGCACUUCACAUCUGAACCUGGCGAUCGUCGGCCAACAACCUCAGCAGCCCUAUUGCUACCGUAUCCGUAUCCCAUACGCGUGUUCUACUUCGAAGUUGCACUUGGGCAACAGCUCCAAACGCCAAGCGCUCCACCAGGUUCUCCAUCACCGAUGUCGUCCGACGUCGACCAUGGUUGAGACUGAAUCACUGCGUCCUAGACCAAGCAUGUCAAAGGCAGUCGACCGACGCCAAAAUCUGAACGGACUUCGUCACAUGCGCCCCUUCGCCCAGUCGAAUCACUUCACAUCAUUUUGGCCGAAAUCCACAAUCCAAUCGUUGCACACCAAGCAACCUUCGCUCGCGCGCACGCUGAUGCUAACGAUCCCGAUGAGCGAGCUCGCGCCCCCAGGUACGACGCCGACGCCUCCAGUGCGCCCUCCGGCUGGCGCUUCGGCUGCUGCGGGCGCUGCAACAGGAGAUUGGAGCGACGUAGCCAUGGAGCGUGCUGACGGCAACCCGGACCGCGAGGUGGUGGACCCAGCUGACGAGGAGCUCGGCGACCAGGACGAAUAG